AGGUGCACAUCAAAUCCUCGUUUAUAAUGAACGGUGUAUGCGUCCGAUGGCGUGGCUGGCUAGACCUGGAACGGCUGGAUGGCGUCGGCUGUCUGGAAUACAACGAGGAACGCGCUGCACAGGAAGACGCCCUCCUCAGGGAGCAAAUCGACCGAUACAACCAGCGUUUGAAGGAGUUCGAGGAUAAGCAACGCGGAUACAGACCUCCAGACCACCAUCGGACUUCCGCCGCAGCGGCUGCGGAACAGGACCUUGAGUUGAGGAUGGCCAACAAUCUCCAUGGGCAUCACGGACAUCACGGUGUUUCUUCUCGCUGUCAUGGACCGCCAAGGAGUGAGCGCAGGAUGACCUAAUGGUGCUGUAUUGGAGAAACUUUUGACAUCUUUAUGGAAGUAUUAUAUGUGAUAUAAUUUUUGGACUUCAGCGGAUUUUUCAGUAAAUGCAAUCUGAGACACUGAACAAUUAUUUAAUAUGUGCAUUUGAAAGUUUUAGAGGAUUUGUACAAUUUUGUGCAGAAUGAGAGCGUAAGAUGAUGCCAAAAAUUGUAAAUACUUGUCAGAAUUGAAAAUUCGCUGAAUACAUGUUCUCCCGUCUUUUUCUAGUCCUAUCAUUAGUUUUAAAUUAUAAUAAAU